UAUUUUUUUUUUUUUUUUUUUUUUUUUUUUCUUUUCUCCAUACUUCCACAGUCGUAAGGCAUAUCUGAUUCCAGUAUGAAAUCCCUCUGUUGUUUCCUCUUUAACCAUUGGACACGUUGCGGCCUCCUUUCCAAAGUGGCCUGGAGCAGCCCUCGACGGUUUCAGAAACACGAAUCAAGUCGAAUUCGAGAUCACAACGGCAUAGCUACUGAUCUGCAACAAUUCCUGCACGCUUGCCGCAUGGACAUGCUAGACGAGUGGUCCGGCCGGAGCAGUGGCGGUUGUAUGGCCCCCGGUGGUAACAUCGGGGCAGAUAUACGCACGAUUCGCUUCAUGGAAGAUAUCAAUAUUGACCGCGCAGAGAAAUGGAAAAAAGGUACAAUCUGGAAUAAGAGCCAGAAAUCCGGUCUGCGAAACAAUUUUGGACAAAUGCGCCGCCAUCGCUGACGAAUGGAAAAAGGGGUCCCAUCAUAUGUUCGAGGAGGACUCGACGACGCUUUCGGACUAUCACGAAGUGGUCCGGUAUGCAUAUCGGUCUCCAUGUGAGAUAUUCUCAGU